CCAGAGGCACUGCGCGAGCACUGCCUGCGUGCGGCCGCCGCCUGCGCGCAGCCCUCCGGCCCCCAGCCCGACCUGGCCGCGCGCCUGCAGCCCCUGCCCCUUGAGCGCGUGGGCAGCGUGAGCCGCGUGGACCCAGACACGCGACGGAGCUGGGAGCAGGAAGGGUUCCGCCAGAUUGCUCUGAACAAGGUGGCCGUCCUGCUGCUGGCGGGUGGGCAGGGCACUCGCCUAGGUGUGACCUACCCCAAGGGCAUGUACCGUGUGGGGCUGCCCAGCCAGAAGACCCUGUACCAGCUGCAGGCGGAACGGAUGCGGGUGGAGCAGCUGGCUAGGGAGCGUCACGGGACCCGCUGCACCGUGCCCUGGUACAUCAUGACCAGCGAGUUCACGCUGGGGCCGACAGCUGAGUUCUUCAAGGAGCACGACUUCUUCCAUCUGGACCCUGCCAACGUGGUCAUGUUCGAGCAGCGCCUGCUGCCUGCCGUGUCCUUCGACGGCAGGGCCAUCCUGGAGCGGAAAGACAAAGUGGCCAUGGCCCCAGACGGCAAUGGGGGCCUGUACCGCGCGCUGGCCGACCACCAGAUCCUGGAGGACAUGGAGCGCCGGGGCGUGGAGUUCGUGCACGUGUACUGUGUGGACAACAUCUUGGUGCGGCUGGCGGACCCUGUGUUCAUCGGCUUUUGCGUGCUGCGAGGCGCCGACUGUGGCGCCAAGGUGGUGGAAAAGGCCAGUCCCGAGGAGCCUGUGGGAGUGGUGUGUCAGGUGGAUGGCGUGGCCCAGGUGGUGGAGUACAGCGAGAUCAGCCCUGAGGUUGCCCGGCUGCGCACCCCGGACGGGCGUCUGCUCUACAGCGCCGGCAACAUCUGCAACCACUUCUUCACACGAGGCUUCCUCCAGACUGUCACCAGGGAAUUUGAGCCCUUUCUGGAGCCCCACGUGGCCGUGAAGAAGGUCCCUUACGUGGACGAGGAGGGGACUCUGGUAAAGCCACUCGAACCCAAUGGGAUAAAGAUGGAGAAGUUUGUGUUUGACGUGCUCCGGUUUGCCAAGAACUUCGUGGCCUUUGAGGUGCUGCGGGAAGACGAGUUCUCCCCGUUGAAGAACGCCGACACUGCCGACAGGGACACCCCCACCACGGCACGGCGCGCCCUGCUCACUCAGCACUACCGGUGGGCCCUGCAGGCCGGGGCCCACUUCCUGGAUGAGGAGGGGGCCUGGCUCCCUGAACCCCCUGGCUUGUCCCCGGAUGAGGACCCUCCAGCUGUCUGUGAGGUGUCACCCUUGGUGUCUUACUCUGGAGAGGGCUUGGAAGUGUACCUGCAAGGCCGGGGGUUCCAGUCCCCCCUUGUCCUAAAUGAGGACCUGGCCAGAGUUCUGCAGCCACAGGAGUCCUGACUGCCCCCAGACCUGCCAGCCCUGCGUCCUAGGACACCUGACACUUCAGUCUGGAGGAUGUGACUUCUCCCGUCAGCCCAUGCACGAGAGACAGCCUUGUCCCCCUGUGGGCUUCUUCAGCUGGGCUCAGCCAGGAGGGGGCCUCAAGAAUGGGGACAGAGAUGGGCCUCUGGGUCCAUGGUGCUCCCCACCCAGGAUGAGGCCCUGUGCUGCGGGUCACAUGAGGGCACGGGUGGGUGGGCGGCUCCGUGCUCUCACGGCUGCCUUUUCCUCUUGGGUAGCUGAGCCAUAACUGGAUGAGGCUGGGGUGGGCACAGCCAGGUGGGCCCAGGCCAGCUUGCCAGCUCUGCGAGAGACGCCCGGCCCCACGGGAGCCACCUCUGCCUUCUCUGUCUACCUCCAUGGCCGCCGAGGCUGCGUGGCCCGAGUGCUUCCCGGUGAAGACUAGAGCUCUUGGAAGAUCUCGGUGCUUAGGCUUGUCCCCCGCACCCUGAGAUGGGACACAGCCACCCUGUUGGGUCCCUGAGACCCCCUGCACUCCGGGUGAAGCUGGGGAGACCCCUGACUCUCUCCUCCCCUGGAGCACAGGCCCCCCCCCUCCACAGAAGCACCUGUCUCUCCGGUGGGGGGUGAGGCCCCCAAAGGGAGGUGCUUUACCCUGCCCUGUGGGUUUCUCCGAGGGGUGCUACGGGGAAGGGGGCUCAGGUGAAGUGCAUCCUGGAGCAGUGUGCAGUGGUUCAGUCAGCAUGUCUAGAUGUGAGCACAAGGGCAGGCCCAGGCCUGUAUGCCACUGUGGGCGUCGGGUUCCCCAACAUGAGACCAGCCUGUGCUUCCACCAGGGUCCGCCUGGGUGCUGGCUGCAAGCUGUGUACUCCAAGGGCCAUGGCAGGACUGGGCAGGCGCCAGGGUAGCAGCUUCCACCACCCAGACCUCCUGUCUGCACCAGUGCUGUUGGGUAAAUUCUCAGAAUGUCUCACUGUAAGCAGUUUUCAGAUUACACCUUCAUGUGGAGCUGCAGAGAAAGCCCGAGGAGGUCCUAUGUUCCCUUCAGCAGUCCCUGAGGCUGCAUCUCCAUUAUAGGGCAGUGUCGGGCCCAGGGAUGUCUGUGAUGCCCACGCCCUCCACCGGUGGGCGCUAGUGCACUGACCACAGCUCCUGCCACCACAGCACCCCACGCCACGCCCCAGGCAACCACUGGUGAGGCAGUGGGGCUUUGAAAGGUUGCCAGCUCCUGGGGUUUCUGACUGGGAUGAGUCCAAUAAACAGCUAAGCUCUGCCUUGCA